CCCCCUCCCUCAGGAUGUCCCAGCUCUCUUCCACCUUGAAGCGCUACGUGGACUCACCCCGCUACUCGGACACCUUGCCUUGCAGCAAAGCCUCCACCAGCUACGCCACCUACUCCUCCUACUCUUCCAAACUCUCCUCCUCUUACUCGGACAAAGAGAAACUCAGCUACAAGCCCGGCACUCCUUCCAGCUACUUGACUUCGACACACCUGCGGACGUCGGGGGCUACUGCCUCUUCUUCCUUGAACUUCGAUGGGGGCGGGAGGCUGCUCCAGCGCCCGGACUCGGGCACCAGGCUGAGCCCCGGGUACAGCCGGGUCCCCGUGCGGCCCUCCGGGGGGCUGAGUGGAGGGGCCACCUACUCCUUUGCGAACGGCCCUUCGACCAGCUAUGGCUCCACCCCGCUGGGACGCAAGAAAUCCAGCAGCCAUUCCGACCUGGCCCGGGAGCUCUCCUCCAUGCACCUGUCCUCGGACCCCUACCCCUCCACCUCUACCCGCAGCCCCUUCGCCGCCCGCCCCCGGCAAGAGCUCUGUAGCAUCCAAGGGUUUUACCAGCCCAGCAGGCACUCGGAUUACGUCCAGGACUACUUGGAGUCCUACAGUCGCAAAGGGGGGCGUUCCCCGGGAUUGCACAGCUCCACUCCAGAGGUCAUCACCUCUUCCUUCCGCCCCACUAGCCAUUCCUCCGUUCAGCAGUGGGAGUGGAAUGACAGCCAGACCGACAUCCCGAGCAAGGAGAAUCCGUGUUUCAUGAACUCCAUCCUGCAGUGCCUCAGCAACACCAAAGAGCUGCGCGAUUACUGCCUGCAGAGCCAAUACGUUCGCGAUCUCAACAACAACAGCCGCAUGCAGAUGUCGCUCAUGACGGAGUUCGCCAAGCUCAUCCAGGCGUUGUGGACCUCCUCUCCCAACGAAUCCGUCAGCCCUUCCGAAUUCAAGAUGCAGAUUCAACGAUACGCCCCCCGCUUUGUGGGAUACAACCAGCAGGACGCCCAGGAGUUCCUGCGCUUCCUUCUCGACGGGCUCCACAGCGAAGUGAACCGAGUGUUGGUCCGGCCCAAAGGCAACAACGACAACCUGGACCAUCUAGCACAUCAGAUCCUCUGUUCUCGUUCUCGGAUGACGCGAAGCAUCUCUUCAAGCGUCCAGGCAGGAGGAAAGUCCGUCUGCUAUGUGCAUAGGAAGCCUGCUUGGCCUCAAACUUCAUGUUCCCCGUCUUCUCUUCCUUUAGAUCUCUUUGUUGGGCAACUCAAGAGCUCCUUGACCUGCAGUUCUUGCGGCUACUGUUCCACUGCCUUUGACCCUUUCUGGGAUCUGUCCCUGCCCAUUGCCAAGGUAACCUUCCACGCCCUGGGGCUCCCGUUGGAUAAACAAACCUCCUUCGCUUGUGGGAACCAUUUGGCCCUCCCCCCUUUUUCCUUAAUUCCUCGCCCAGACCUGAAACGUUUCUCCGAAGCCAGGAUGCGAUCCAGCAAACUCACCACUUUUGUCAAUUUCCCACUUAAGGAUCUGGAUCUACGGGAAUUUGCCUCUCAGAAUUGCAACCACGCAAUUUACAACCUCUACGCCAUCUCCAACCACAGUGGGACCACCAUGGGUGGCCAUUACACAGCCUACUGCAAAAGUCCUGUCUCUGGAGAAUGGAACGCCUUUAACGACUCACGCGUCACACCGAUCUCCCUGGGCCACCUCCGCAGCAGCGACGCCUAUCUCCUCUUCUACGAGCUGGCCAGCCCGUCUUCCCGAAUGUAGCCCCCAGGUCACGCUCCCCUACCCCGCUCUGCCAACGCGCGUCCCCCACGAAAAAGGAGUCCUC